CAAGUACCUUUUAAAAAUGAGAUCUUUAAAAAAUCUAUUUGCCAUUACAAUAGUGGUAUUUUGCUGCUUCACAUACAGCUUUGCUAUUAGAUGUCUAAUCUGCGACAAUGAAGAAUCCUGUAAGAAGCCUGCAAAAUUAGAAUGUAAUGCCACAAUGGCCAAUACCGCACGAUUCUAUUUGGAUUACCAUCACACGGGGGUCAAUACAACAUUAACAAGUCAAUAUUUGGACUGUUUUAGUGAGAGGAUUGAAAGUUAUGAGGGCAAAUUUGCUUUUAAAGGCUGCAUGUACAACAAUAUAAACGCUUGCGAAUUACCAUUGCGUCAAAUGCAUGCUCCUGGAGCCACUAAACAAUCGUGCAAUAAGUGCAAUAACCGGGAUUAUUGCAAUCCAGCUAAUCGCGCCACUACAAAUGUCUUCGCUAUUGCCGCCACAGUUAUCAUGGGCAUUGCUUCACGUCGCAUUUGGGCUUAAG